AUGGAUCUACCGACUCCUCCAUCGCAGGCCCACAUCCCCGCCUCGGCGUUCCCGGCCGCGACGCCCCCCCACGCCCAGGGUGCGGCUGCGAUGGGAACCCCACCGCUAAGCCCGUUCGAGUCCCCGAACGUUUCGCGACCGCCUUCGCCGACGACGGCGGCCUCGUCGACGAUGCUCUUUGACCCCUACUCGCGAUCCAGCUCGAAGAACCGGUUGCUCGAUCACCACGAACGUUCCCUAUCGCGGGGGAAAGAUCCGGCUUACAAGCUGCAGCUGCAGAAGCAGCAACGCUCGCGAGCGUCGGCGUCACUCCUGUCCAAGCUCGUCGCGCUCCUGCCUUCAUCGGACACGGCAAACUCGACCGGGCCGCACACGAGGGGUCGGCGUCGCAGCAUUUCCCACGAGGCGGCGGGCGAAGAGAUUGAACUGGGAAAUCUUCAUGUCGUCGGCGCUCCGAUGACCUUGCACUCGACUGCGGCCUCCCUCCGAAGCGUCAAGACGAGUUCGGCGACGCACUCCGCGGCUCGGCAAGGAUGGUUCACGCGCGACCGCGCACAGCUCUACAUCGCCUUUGCCAUGAUUUUUAUGGUCGGCAGCAACGAUUCAGCGACGGGAGCCAAGUGAGUCUCGUGCCCCUCCGCCGCGAUUUGCGCAUCUCUCCCCUUGGAGAGGAAGGACGGCAAUAACUCUUCUCUAUUCGCCACGGAUUUCUAGUCUUUCGUCGAUGCAGGAGCACUAUGGCGUAUCAUACGAUGAGAUUUCAAUCGUCUUUUUGGCCAACGUUGCAGGGUAGGUUAAAUGGAUCACCCCUCCCUUGAUCGGAUCCAUCAGUAUCGUGCGGGAGCUGACUGGAGAACCGCCCCCUCUCCCUCUCCAAACAGGUACUUCAUAUCUUGCGUGUCGUCGUCAUUCCUGUCACACAAGCUGGGCGCACGUUACGCCCUCGUCUGUGCCGCCGUUGCAUGGUCCAUCGGCUGCGCCAUCCUCAUCGUCCGGCCCCCGUUCGGUGUCUUUGUCCUCAGUCUGGCAAUGCUCGGCUUCGGCGGUGGAAUGUACGACGCGCUGCUGACGACGAUCAUCAGUCACGACGAGAACCCGGGUUAGUCCCUGCCCCAUGCCCACUCAGAAUCGAACGUAUCACUGACGCCCCCGCUCUCUGCCCCGGCAGUGCUCAUGUCGUGGAUGUACUCGUGCUUCGGCUUUGGCGCGGCCGUGAGCCCGAUCGUGAUCGGCACCUUUGUCGACAAGGGUAUCUCGUGGAACCUGUACUACUACAUUCCCACGGGUCUCUCAAUCGUGUUUGGGCUGUUGGCGCAUAUCAUAUUCCAGGGUUACGAGGCGCCGCUGGACGAAGCCGUCGUGCCUGCUGCCGCCGUCGCGGCUGGGACCGAAGACAACGCCCCCCACCCCGGUCCGAGUGUCGGCGAGAUUUUUCACGGUCGAGCAACGCUGUCGGCGACGGCGAGGAUGAGGCGGGCCUUGUCACUCAAGGUGGUGUGGGUUGCCUUCUUGCUGAUUACGCUGGCGUUCGGCACAGGCGACACACUCAGCGCGUGGAUGACGGUCUACCUCUCGACGGUCAGAGCCGCGCCCGAAGCGGCUUCGCGCUACAUGCUUUCAGGUCUCUGGGGAGGUGGGCUCAAUCCAGCCUUGACAAGUACGGGUCUGCAUCGAGAAUCUCCAAGUGGCUGAAAACUUUACCCUUUGCCUUUGCAGGCAUCGCCAUUGGCCGCGUCGUUGUGCCGCUCAUCCUCUCAAAACGGCUCGGGGAGCGCACGUUCGCGAUUGUCUUGCUCAUGCUCGCCGUGUCGAUGUUGGGCAUCGCGUGGGGUGUGCGCAACUACAAGAUUGACGCAGUCGCCCUCGCCUUUUUCGGCUGCACGAUCGGUCCCGUUACGCCUCACGUUCUAUCCGUCGUGGGUGCUCGCGUGCCGCCGUCGCUCAAGGCCUCGGUCAUGUCGCUCACGAUCGGCGCCGGUCUCGUUGGCAGUGGUGCGGGUCCGUUGCUGUUCGGAGUCAUCGCCGGUCGCGGCUGGUUGGGCAGUCUACCGGCCGUGUUGAUCGUAGCGUGCGGGACCGCGUGUGGAAGUUGGAUGCUCGUGCCCAAGAACACGAGAAGGGAAGAUUAG